GAACAACCCAUCCCCCCUAGUAAUAGUUUCGCUCCCAAGUCUUCUUUUCUUUUGUUUGUCAUAAUUUAUAAAAAGCCAAAUGAAACAGUUCAUUCGCCGUCUCUCCCGCGUUGCCGAUACUUCCUCCGAAUACAGAUUCCUCCUUUCCAACCGCACCACUGCCACACGUGGAUCCGAGUCAUUCCGCAUCGACGUAUCCUCCGUCAAGAAGUCGGGUCGCCGGUCUGUUCUCAAAGGUCACGUGCCGGUUUAUGUAGGGGAAGAAAUGGAGCGGUUUUUGGUGAGCGCUGAGUUGCUGAACCAUCGGGUUUUCGUUGGGUUGCUUAACAAGUCGGCUCAGGAGUACGGGUAUGAGCAGAAAGGGGUGCUUCAUAUUCCCUGUCACGUGCUGGUUUUCGAACGGGUCAUGGAAGAGUUGAGACAUGGGGUGGUGUCACGUGACCUCCACGAUCUCCUCCGUUCAUUCUCUGACGACUGUUUUUCCGAUUUCUAG